GUUCAGUCAUACGAACACUAGAUGGCAGAGUCGAAUCGUAACUCGCACCAUGUUAAUUGACAGUCUACCUGGCACACGUUAAUCGGUUUCUCUUUCAGGGCGGAGGAAACAAAUCACAAAUUCUGUUUUUUUUUUUUCUUUUUUGCUCACCAAGGAGGAGCUUGAAGACACGCCGACAUGCGCCAAAGUGGAGGCUGAGACGCUGCAUUAUCGCUGCACGGAGUUUAACUCCUAUGAACACAACCAGUCGGUCGGCGAUGCUCACCCGACGCCACGCAGGAGAUUAAACACCGAUCACCAAGUCCGCUGAUAGCGCAGAGCUGCAGGAGAAACCACGCCGGUGCCCCGAGAGCCACGCAGCUCCAGGGAUUAGACACAAAAUGUCACAGAGCAGAGGUCAGAAGAAGUUUGUCUUCCUGUCGUUAAUAUUGGUGUCUCGUCUGUUUGUUAGUGCCGAGUAUUCCAGCUGUGGAGAGUACGAGUUCUUCAACCAGACCAGCAACAGCUGCCAGGCCUGUCCUCAGUGCCAGCCAGGGCAAGAACCGCAUAUGAACUGUGGUUACGGUAUGAAGGAUGAGGACUUUGCCUGCAUACCGUGCUCGCAGGGAAAAUACUCCAAAGGAAAGUACGAGAUCUGCAGGCGCCACAAGGACUGCGAUGCUCUCUACAAAGCCACUGUCCGUGUAGCAGGAACUGCUGAAAGUGACGCUGAAUGUGGGCCAUGUUUACCAGGGUAUUAUAUGUUGGACAACAAACCCAGGAACGCUUAUGGGAUGGUCUGCCAUUCCUGCCAAAAUGCCCCGAGCAACACAAAAGAAUGCAUGCAAAUCAGCAAACCCAAAGAAAAACCACCAAUUAACCCUGGGAGCACGACAGUCUUCCCUCACCGAAUUAAAGAAUCACCUGGACAGGGUCAUUUAGCCACAGCGCUUAUUAUCGCCAUGUCAACCAUUUUCAUCAUGGCUAUUGCCAUCGUUCUCAUCAUCAUGUUUUAUAUCCUGAAGGCCAAGCCGGGUGGCCAUGCAUGUUGUUCUGGCCAGGUUGUGAAAGCUGUGGAGGCUCAAACCAUCAAACAGGAUGACAAGAAAGAUGUCCCUGAUAAUGUGGUAAUUUUCUCUGAGAAAGAUGAGUAUGACAAAUUGAAAGCAGCUCCUCAGAAGACGGUGAAAAGUGAAAACGAUGCAUCAUCUGAGAAUGAGCAGUUGUUGAGCCGCAGCAUUGACAGCGAUGAGGAGCCGUCAUCUGACAAGCAGGGAUCUGUCGAGAGCGCGUCCCCCAACCCCAACUUGUGCCUCGUGGACCUGGGCAACAAACCUGACCUCUCUCUGCUCUCUUUGGGAAUCCUGGACCGCGGUCGCACAUCCAGUGGUGCCCCCAUAGUUGCAGCCAGCCACACCAUUAACAUCCAGAGUCCCAACCACAUCAACAGUGUCAACCACAUUGCCUCCAGCAACCACAUCAGCAGCAUGAACGGGAUCAACAACAAUAAAACCCCAGGGAUGCUACAGAGUCGAAGGAAAAAGAUACUAGAGCUGUAUGCUAGAACCUGCAAUAUUACCGAGGGCCUAAGCCCUACAGAGCUUCCCUUCGACUGCCUGGAGAAAACCAGCCGCAUGCUGAGUUCCUCCUACAGCAGCGAAGCGGCUGUGGUGAAGACAUGGAGGCACCUGGCAGAGAGUUUUGGCCUGAAGCGUGAUGAGAUCGGCGGCAUGAGCGACGGCCUACAGCUCUUUGAAAGAGUGAGCACGGCCGGCUACAGCAUCCCUGACCUCCUCACUCGGCUGGUGCAGAUCGAGAGGCUGGACGCUGUAGAGUCACUGUGCGUGGAUGUGCUGGGAACCAGCGAGGUGGUGGCAGUGGCUGGCCGACAGAGUAUCAACAGCUUUCACAGCCAGUUGGUGUGUCCGUCCCAGUGCACCUCGCCCUCCCAGCGCUGUGCCAGCGUCUGAAUAUUCAGGAGGUCUUUAAGUACACAUUUAUGUAGGGACAGUGUUUGCCCUGACAAGUAGGACAUUACAUACAUGUGUACAAAAUUACCCCAUCACAUGAAGAAUGCCAGUGGGCGUUUUGUCCACAUUUCUUUAUAUUUUAAGAAGCUAAACUCCAAAUACCAAAAAAAGAUUGAUUUUCUAUGUUUUGUUGCAAAGUGUGAGAGGGAAAACAAUAUGUAUGUUUUAAAGUUGUUAAAUCUUCAAAUUCACUUUGGUUCUGCUCUGCAAGAAUGUAAUCAUCUAAUUUGCUUUCUGAUUUUUAAUCAUCAUGUUGUGUUCCACAAAAUAAUUGCAUUGCAUGAUACUCAAAUACCCAGAAAUCUUUUGCGCUGGACGCAACUUGACAUUUCAUUUUUAAAAGUUAAGGAAUUAAAUUAAAUUUUCUACAGGUGCAUCUCUUUAAAUUAGUAUAUCAACAAAAAGUUAAUUUAUACUGUAUUCAAAGAAGUGAAUACAGUAUAAACUUGUAUAUUGUAUAAAUUAAUUACACGCAAAGAAAUGUGUUCAAAGCAUUAAAUUCAGGAGGUUUAAUAAAGAAUUAUCAGUCUACUGAAAGUGUAUCCAUAGAGUAUAUGGUAUAUGUAGUCAGUACUAGGUCGGAGCUCCUUUUGAUUUGAAUUUCUGAUUCAAUGCAGCAGAACAUGGAGGUGUUAAUACUGUCUAAGAACAGUCUGCUUCUUUUGCAAUUACUGAUCAUCAAAUUUCAAUUAUGUCAUAGGGCUUUAAACCAUAAUCAUCAAAAUUAACAAAAACUUGAAAUAAAUCUAUACAGUACAUGGGUUUUACUUUGUUACAAUGCAUAAACUUUUUGAUGAUUUACAAGUUUAAGAUGCACCUACUGUUUUUGUCUUUACCCCCGGUUCUCCACCAGCCACUGAUGUGUUUUUCUGAGGGUCUUUAUUCAUUAAAGGACAUAACAAUAAUAAUAAUAAUAAUAAUAAUAGUUAAUUAGAAAAAUUGGAACUGACCAUAGGUGUCCUUUGCUAAAAGCUUUUGAAUUUGUACACAGACCUUGUGCUUCAUCUGGCAAUUUAUAUAGCUAGAUGCUUUUGUCGUGAAGAAGGCGACCCAGUUUGAUCACAGCCUUAGUUCCAAUUCAUAACUGCUCCAUUGAUCACACUGUCAUCACACAAAGAGAGUAGCAAACAUGGCUUUCCCUCUUCCCAUCACUGGGACCAGAUGGAAAUCGCAAAACAUCUCUCAGCACAGCUUUUGCUUGAUAAAUUUGCUUUGGGCAUCUGUUGACGCCAAGGUGUCUGUUGCUGAAGUUUACUUGCAACAAAAACAAACAAAAAAAGCAAAAGCAGAAACCACCAACAGUGUAAUUAGAUAUUUUCAGCUUUAAGACCUUGCAAGGACUUUGGGAUGUUGUUUACGUUAAAACAAUUGUGGAUUUAUCCACUGAUUAACAUACAAUACGUCUGGUAAGCGUGGAGGCGCUGAUGACACGCAGAUGUAGCGAAUGGAAAAGUUCAACCUCAUAAAAAAGGAAAGAAAACCUCGAAACACACGGAUACAUUUUAGGUGGAGAGUUUAACGUUUAAGUGUCCUGAAUGAACACAGCAUUCUGCCUGGGACCACAUGUCUACAAUCCUAACACACACUCUCCUACUACACCUACUUCCUCCACAGUGACCCUAGCUGUGACCCUCUCCCCCCAUUCCCCUAACUGCCUGUUAGUCUACUUAUAGGCCAAUCUUGCGGUCUAGCAUUGCCGCCAUCCCUAAUUAUUUGACGUGUGGCUCACCAUGCCCCUAAUAAGCUGAUGUGUUGUGGUUUACAGAGCGGGUGCAAAGUGCCUGUGACUUCCAGCACCUAAUUAAGCAUUUAGGGCCACUUAACUGUUUAACACCCAAUAGAGUAGCUAUAAAAUUCCUGCAAAGCAAUGCCAGGACAGAUGAGUGGCCUCACUGGCCCCAGGGUUGCUGUGUGCAGAGGUAGAGGUAGCGUUACAUUUGUCUAUGGCUGUCUCCUCUCAUUCGGCUUUAGUGUCUGGCCCAGUCAUGCUCAGACAGGAUUUUAGCUCCCCUCGCCCCUAUGGGACCAAUAGACUAAACAAGAACAAUAUGCAAUUGUGUGAAUUCUGAGAAGCAGCUGAAGCUGGUUAGGUGUUGUAUGCAUGUUCCAGAAACUGCCCUUCUGAUAAGCAUCAGACCAGACAUUAUUGUUCAUUUUAAAACUUACUAGCCCACCAUUAAGGAAGCUGCCAAUUAUGAAUACUAAUUUAUUCAGUAGUUGUGUGUCAAAAAUCAAGCAAGUGGUUCCAAAGUCCAGGCAGUGCCAAAAGUUGCUUUGAUCUCAGUUUGUUUAAAUGGAAGAGAUCUUAAUCUGAUCCCUGAUGUUGCCUGCAUAAUGCCCCUAUUGCUGCUCUGCACAGAGGUUUUCUUUUUCUGCAUCUGUAUCUUCCAUUAAUUACAGUCAGGGGCUGGACUCCUGUAUGUAUUACUGCACAUGGAAAUUAACUGUCUUUGUUUCUCAUUGAAAGCUCCAUUUGGAAUGUUCUGCUCCAUCAGGACAACGUUUUGGUUUUAUCUCUUAAUGUUUUGCACAUAUUUGUGAAAAACAUUGCCUGCUAGAGCUUAUUCUCAUAAUUUUUGCCUGACAUAUUUUAUGCUGAUAUAUUAUGCAGAAGCCAUUCCUGAAUAUCUUACCUCAGUAGCACUUAAAGCAUAGUACAAUGUGUAGAAACACACACAAUUGUCACAGAACCAAAUUGUAACUGUGUAUAUAUAAGUUAUUAUUGUAUAUAAAGUAUACCUUAUUAAAGAUGUAUGGUGGAAUGUG